AUCAACGAGGACUUUGAGGAAUUGAAAGAGCAGCUCGACGCACUAAGAGCGCCCGGGCCAUGAUGGCAUUCCCAUCGAGGACAGAGCUCGCACCAUACUACAGGUUCAUCAGCCCGCGGUGAGCAUUCUCACCGAUGACAUGGCACGCUAAAUCAUCAGUUGCUUUCGGCUAUCCUUGCCCAUUCUGUGGUCGCGUGACCUCGGACUUCACCACUUCCACCUUGGAGAGACCACGUAUCCGCUGGCUACACACGAAUACACAUCUUCAAGCUGUCACAAGUUCUGCCAGGAUAGAUGCAAGCGUCUUCGGCAAAGGCAGUGGGGGCAUUAAUACUGGGGUCACGAGUCUUAUGGUUGAUGGCCCGCUUGUGCCGAGAGACCCAAGAUCGACCUGGUCGUGUAUCUGGGGCACUGCCGCAUUGAACCACAAGCAUACUGAGACCGAUUAUAAUCCGCAAUUCACACGGCCCAGAAAGUACCAAAGAUGGCGGCAAGGCAUGUAUAGAAGAGAAGCGACACGGUUCAUCACAUCUCUCUAUAUGGAGUAAGACUCUCGGACGCUUGGCUAUACCUAGCCAUCAAGUUUCUCCAAAAGGAUGAACUUCUCAACAAGUCUCCUACCGACUUCGACUUCGAAGA